AUCGAAAUCAGCAUCGAAGCAUACUCAUCCAUGGCCAUUGAAAUUCCGAAGGUGAGCUUGAGCUCCGGCACCGGAGCCAUGCCCGUGGUGGGCAUGGGCAGUGCAAUCUAUCCUCCAGUCGCACCUGAAAUCACCAAAGCCGCCGUGCUUCAUUCAAUCGAAAUCGGUUACAGGCACUUCGACACCGCAUCUGCCUACGGCUCUGAGCCGCCUCUCGGAGAAGCCAUAGCUGAAGCUCUUCAACUUGGGCUCGUCAAAUCCCGAGAUGAGCUCUUCAUCACCUCCAAGCUAUGGUAUACCGACAACCAGCCCGACCUCGUACUGCCGGCAAUCAAGAAAUCUCUCGAGAAGCUUCAAUUGGAGUAUCUCGAUCUCUAUCUCAUCCAUUGGCCUGUUAGCGUGAAGCCUGGUGAAAAUAAAUCAUCAGAUGGGAAGGAGAAUCUCUGUUUCUUGGAUUACAAGUCAGUAUGGGAAGCCAUGGAAGAGUGUCAGAAGCUUGGCCUCACCAAGUCCAUCGGAGUCAGCAACUUCUCUUGCAAGAAGCUUGCUGAAUUGCUCUCAACGGCCAAGAUCCCUCCUUCAGUCAAUCAGGUGGAGAUGCACCCGGCAUGGCAGCAGCAGAAGCUGAGGGAGUUCUGCAAGAUGAACGGUAUCCAUGUGACCGCUUACUCUCCGUUGGGGGCGAAAGGAACUCUGUGGGGCUCCAAUGAUGUUAUGGACAGUCCAGUGCUGAAAGAGAUUGCUGAGGCUAGAGGAAAGACCGUUGCUCAGAUUUCAUUGAGGUGGAUAUACGAGCAAGAGGCGAGUAUGGCAGUAAAGAGCUUCAACAAGGAAAGAAUGAAGGAGAACGCUCAAAUCUUCGAUUGGGAAUUAACAGAGAGCGAGGUUCACUUGAUCAGUCAAAUACCUCAGCGAAAAGCCGUCAUUGGAGACCAAUACAUCACACCCACUAGCCCUUUCAAGUCUUUGGAAGAGUUAUGGGAUGGGGAGAUCUGAUACAAAAGGCUAGCUAAGAUCCGUACCAUUGGUGUGGUCCGUUUCUCCAUCGGGCUCACCUGGGCAAAUGAUCUUGAUCAUCUACUUUACAGGGACAUGGCUGGAAACAGACAAUUGUUAACGUUUAAGUGAAAGAUCAGGCACCUGAGAUGGCCACAUCAGAGUAGGCUUGUACUGUUCCUCAUCUAUGGUAGUGUACCCCAAUGGACGGUCCGGAUCAUAUGACCACGCAGCCACUUGAGGAAUCUAAUAAAAGAAGUUCAGAGAACAAUAGGCUAGAUGCUGCAA